UGUGUGAUGCUAAUUAAAAACGUCCUGUCUCAGUGGCUUUGUCUCAUAUAUAAGACCAACGGACUGACCGACUGAUAGAAGAAGACAGAGAGGCGACACACAGAGAAGGUGACCACUGACGCUCCUUUUGUCUAUCGCAGUUGUUGUUUGUUUCAGAUUCUGUUCAGGCAGAGUGUUGGAUGAAGAUGAUGAUGAAGAGGAUGAUGAUGAAAAUGUCACUGUGGUUUCUAUUUCUUGGCCUUGCCGUGACCAACACUGCUGCUGGGCCAGGCAGCUGUGUGGGUCGCUGUGGUGAGAAUUUCUCCAGAGGCCAGCAGUGUAAGUGCGACUUUGACUGCCAGCAACAUAACGAGUGCUGCCCAGACUUUCAGGCCAUUUGCACCAAUGCUCAGUCCUGUCAGGGUCGCUGUGGUGAGGCCUUCAGGCGCGGUCAGCUGUGUGACUGUGACCCACAGUGCAUCAGCCAUAGCACCUGCUGUCAAGACUACCAACUACACUGCUGUAAGGGCACAAUUACACAUUAUCAUAUAUAUUAUAUAUUUAACACAAAUUAGAUUUAAAUUAUAUACUAAACAUGAUUAUACACAAUGGCUAAUUGUGCCUUA